AUGGCAAAUCGUACGGAAAUUUCAAAAAUCGGCCAUCAUAUAAGAAUAAGAGACGGUGAAAUCUACAUUAUUCCUGGCGAGGUGCCCACUAAAGGAGCCAUAUUAGGAGUAUCAUAUGAACUGACAACCACCACAACAACAGCGACUCCACCAAAUAUGCCACCAUGUGUACCACAAACGGUACCGUCAACUGCACCAACUACUGUGCCACCUACUGCGGCACCAACCACCUAUACUGCUGCACCAACUUCAGCCUCUACUGAACCAACAACUGUACCACCAACUACUGCGGCACCAACCACUGCAUAUACUGCUGCACCAACUUCAACCUCUACUGAACCAACAACUCUACCACCAACUACUGUGCCACCUACAGCGGCACCAACCACUGCAUAUACUGCUGCACCWACUUCAACCUCUACUGAACCAACUACUGUGCCACCAACUUCACCAACUACUGUGCCGCCUACUGCGGCACCAACCACUGCAUAUACUGCUCCACCAACUUCAACCUCUACUGAACCAACAACUGUACCACCAACUACUGUGCCACCUACAGCGGCACCAACCACUGCAUAUACUGCUGCACCAACUUCAACCUCUACUGAACCAACAACUGUACCACCAACUACUGUGCCACAUACUGCGGCACCAACCACUGCAUAUACUGCUCCACCAACUUCAACCACUACUGAACCAACAACU